AUGGACCUGCCAUGGUCUGGAGAGGGUGGAGCAGCAGAAGGCCCCCCUGCCACUGAGCCUGAGGAGGGAGGGGAGUUCUGGCUCAGAGCCGGGCGGGAGACCCUCUCCGAGGAGCCCCUCAACUCAGAGGUUCAGCGCUUCCGCUGGUUACGUUACCAGGAGUGCCAGGGGCCGCGGGGGGUCUGCAGCAGCCUGCAGCAGCUUUGCCAUGAGUGGCUGAAGCCCGAGCGGCACAGCAAGGCCCAGGUGGUGGACCUGGUGAUCCUGGAGCAGUUCCUGGCCGUGCUGCCGGCGGAGAUGGCGAGCUGGGUGCGGGAGUGCGGCGCGGAGAGCUGUUCCCAGGCGGUGGCCCUGGCCGAGGGCUUCCUGCUGAGCCAGGCGGAGGAGAGACGGCAGCGGGGCUCGGUGUCCUUUGAAGAGGUGGCUGUGUAUUUCACGGAGGAGGAGUGGGCGCUGCUGGAUCCCAGCCAGAGAGCCUUACACGGGGAAGUCAUGCUGGAGAAUUCCAGGAAUGUGGCCACUCUGGGAUAUCAGCAGGAACAUGAGAACUACAAGGAGCCCAGCAUAGCACUGUUACAGAUGAUCAAGGCUGAAGAAGGGAUGCUUGGAAAUCAAGGGGCACUUCAAAAGACUAAGAAAAGCUGCAUAACGAGUGGAGAGAAGAAAUCUCCUUCUGGUCACAAGGAAGUCCUUGAACUCCCAACCCAGCAAGUGCAGCAACAAGAAGAAAGUGGAGACUAUUUUGGAUGUGGCAAAACAGACAGAGAGAAAUCUCUUUUCAGUAAAUACUCUACAGCCCAGACUGAAGGGGAACAAUAUGAACAUCAAGAGCAUGGGAACAGUAUCAAUCCUACCUCCUCUCUUGUUUUAUAUCACCCAUCAUAUAUCGGAGAGACACCAUAUGCAUUUAUAAAUAGUGGAGAAAACUUCACUUUGAGCAGUCAUCUUAUUUCCCAUGGACAGGAGAAACCAUAUGAGCGUGGAAAGGGACUCAGUAAGAAGCAGUUGCUUAUUUUACCCCCCCAAAAUCCCCCAAUGGAAAAACGAUAUAAGUGUCUGGAGUGUGGAAAGACCUUCACUCACAAAUGUAAACUUACUGUACACGAACGGACCCACACAGGGGAGAAACCGUACAUGUGCCUGGUGUGCGGAAGAAGGUUCAGUCAGACUGGACACCUUACGAGACAUCAACGAACCCACACAGGGGAGAAACCAUAUACGUGCCUGCACUGUGGAAGGAAGUUCAGUGGAAGUUCAAACCUUGUGAAGCAUGUAAGGAGCCACACGGGGGAGAAACCAUAUAAAUGUACAGAGUGUGGAAAGAGCUUCAAUCAGAGCAGUCAUUUUAUUCGCCAUAAAAGGAUCCACACAGGAGAAAAACCGUAUCAGUGCCUGGAGUGUGGAAAGAGCUUUGGGCGGAACAGUAGCCUUUUGCAACAUAAAAGAAUUCACACAGGGGAGAAACCGUAUCAAUGCCUGAUAUGUGGAAAGAGUUUCAAUGGGUCCUCAGAUCUUAUGUAUCAUAAAAGGAUUCAUACAGGGGAGAGACCAUAUAAAUGUCUGGAGUGUGGAAAGCGAUUCAGUAGGAGAAGUCUUCUUACUUCUCAUAAAAGAAAGCACACAGGACAGAAACCAUAUAUGUGCCUGGUGUGUGGAAGGAAAUUCAGCCAGAGUGGUCAUCUUACAAGACACAAAAGAACUCAUACUGGGGAGAAACCAUAUACGUGCCUGAAGUGUGGAAGGAAGUUCAGUAGAAGAUCGAGCCUUGUGAUGCAUUUAAGAAUCCACACGGGGGAGAACCCAUAUAAAUGUACGGAGUGUGGAAAGUGCUUCCGUCAGAGAACUACUUUUAUUUACCAUAGAAGGAUCCACACAGGAGAAAAACCAUACAAAUGCCUGGAGUGUGGGAAGAACUUCAGACGGAACUGUCACCUUAUGAAACAUAAAAGAAUUCACACAGGGGAGAAACCGUAUCAAUGCCCAGAGUAUGGAAAGAACUUCAGUGUACGCUCGGAUCUUACAUAUCAUAGAAGGAUUCAUUCAGGGGAGAAACCAUAUAAGUGCUUGGAAUGUGGAAAGAGCUUCAAUUGCAGCAGUUACUUUAUUUGCCAUAAAAGGAUCCACACAGGAGAAAAACCAUACAAAUGCACAGAGUGCGGACGGAUCUUCAGCCAGAAAAAUCACCUUUCGCAACAUAAAAGAAUCCACACAAGAGAAACACCAUAGCUGGGGAGUUUUUGUCACAAGUGUUUUCUUCACAUUAAGAGACCCACGUGAAAAACACCAGAAAUAUGUGGACUGUGGAGUAACAUUCAGUUGGAAGAGGAAUCUUAUCAGACCUAAAUGAAUCCACAUGGGAGAACCAUAGAAGUGCUUGUAGUGUGGAAAUGGGUUCAAGAGCGGCACUGCCCUUAUUUCCCAUAGGAGGUCCUAUGAAUGCGGAGAAACUUUCAAUGCCAGCACUGGCCAUUUUUUCCCAAGAAAGCACAUAAAUAUGGGAGUUGGAUGAGCUUCGUGGACGCUAAACUUGGCGGAGUGUAGAAAGAACUGAUCCAUUCAGGGGAAACAGUCUAUUAAGAAACAGAGUGAAGAAACCAUUUUAAGAAGACAUGUCUUAAAUACCAGAAAAGUUCCACUCAGGAGAGAAACCAUAUAAAUGAGUGGAAUGUGGAAAGGGUUUUUUUUUCCUCAAGUCUUCACCAAGGGAGUAUGAGUUCCUCCCCACAAUGUUAGACCAACCUUGAGUAUUUUUCCCAAUGUAAGAGAUUCAAUCUGGGACUGUUGUAUUGGAGUCCAACAAGGGUUGUAAGGGAGCUCAAGUUAAGUCCCAUGAAAACAGACUGAAGCAGGUGGGAAUGUCUAGCUUCGUAAAAAAGUCAACCAAGGUGGAUAUAAUAUUCCUGUUGAAGCAUUUGUUGAGGUGUCCCAUAGGAGAAAGGAAAGGCUUGUCCCAGAUUGUUCUGAAGUGCAGAAUAAGCAUGGCAGAAUCCGGUUUAAUGUUACAAAAAUGUGGAUAGUGGUGAAACUGUAAAACCAUCUGUCGAUCCCCCCUUU